AUGGAAACUAAAAAACCUAUUGCUCUUUUAUUAAGUAAGGUUGGCAGGGGAAAAACUUCGUUUUUCAAUAAAAUUUGCACUGAAUUUAAAAAAACACAAUUUGGUGGCUCUUCAUGCACAAGGGAGAUCUUUUUAAAAUGCACAUCCUAUGGAGAAGGAUUCUAUUUAAUGGAUACCCCAGGAUUUGGAUGUGACGAAGACAUAAUAACGCAUUUAUCUGCUUUAUUUGUAGCCUCCGAAAGACCCUUGAAUGCAAUUUUGAUUUUAACAAAAUUUGAUCGAUCUUGCGUUAUGAGAGAAGAAAUAAAUUAAGCCUUAUCUAUGCUCUCUUCAUGUAGAGAAAUUAUUAUUAUUAUUGUUACAUUUUGGGAUGAUGUAGAAAAAGAACCAGAAGAAAGUUAAGAAAAAUUGAGAAGCGACAUUGAAGAGUAAGUAAUGAAACCACUUAAACUUAAAUCAUUUAUAUGUACAAGUAAGGGCACUCCAGGUGAUCUCAUUUGCAAGUAAUUAGAUGAGUUAAUAUAAAAUAAUGUAAAAAGAUCAGUAUAACUAACUCCAUAAGAGUUUUCGUUUCAAUUUUCCAAACAUACAUUGUUUUCUAUUUAGGAUGAAAUGGAAACACAUAAAUUAAAAUAAGCCUUUUAAAUAAAAUGUGAUAUUGUGCUAAAAUUUAUACAAUAAUAACCAGAUAAAUUAGAAAAAACGUCUGAAUUGAUGCAUGAGAUAAUACUUUUAAUUAAAAAAGAAGGUCACAAGACUGUAAUGGAAUUUACCAAUUAAAAUAGAGACAAGUUUGAAAAAUUAGUUGAUAAAUUUGGAGUUUGUGAAUAUACAUAUUUAGCCUACACUAAAUUAUAAGCAGAAAUAAUGGGUUAUCUAUAAUAAGUCAAAGAAAAAGCAAUAUUAAAGAUGUAAACAUAUAAAUACCAUUGUUUUAAUUUUAUCAGAAAAUGCGAACAUUGCGGUUAAAUUUGGUAUAAAGUAUCAGGCUGCAAGUAUUUAACCAAAUGUGGAAAAAAAUUACCAGUUAAAGACGAGCCAAACCACACACCUAAGCCAAAACAAUUUCAAAUACUUUUUAAUGAGAAUAAUCUGGACGUCAUUGAAAAUAAUUAAAUUAAUGAACAAUCUAUUCUUAACCAACAAUCUAGUAAUAAUUCGUAAAAAUAAAGUUCUUAAGAAGACCAAUCUAAAGGUUUAUUAGGAUGUGGUAGGGAAUUUAAUUGGAAAACUGCACCUCGUCUUUCUGAAUAAGAAAUAAUAGAAUUAAGAGAUACAGGAUAUCUAGAUAUGUUGUGCAUGGUUUAGGACAAAGAUAGCAAGGACAUAGAAAAUGAGAAAAGGUAUUGGCAAAAAGUUGAAGAAUAAUAAUAAAAAGAAAGAAAAUCUUUAAAUAGAUAAAUUGAAGCAGAGAAUCGUAAUUUUGAGUAGAAACAUCUGUAAAUAUUAAAUUAUAUAUAUAGGAAAAAGGAAAACGAUAGUUAAGAGAUAUAAUUCAUUUAAGAAAGGAAAUAUUCAGAUUAAUAAAUUGCAAUAUCCUAAAGUAAAUAGGCAAAUAAUUAAACUUCAAUUAAGGAUGAUGCUCAACUAUAAAACGAAUCAUGCUCUGUCUCAACUUGCAACAUAAGCUGAUGAAGAUUUUUAUUUGCAUAACCA